AUGGACAAACCAAACUCUGGCUGGAGAGAGCACCUUUCCCGUGUCUCCCAGGCACUCCGUGCCCAGGUCCGACUAGGCCCCGACAUCGCUGUGAAUGAAGGCACCGAGCAGUGGAUCGAUGCCGCCAAGCUGAUCAGGCACCCGCAGUACAACAGCUACAACCUGGACAAGGACAACAUGCUGAUUAAGCUGAGCCACCCCGCCACCCUCAACAGCCUGGUGUCGGGGUGGGGCAACACGACCGCCAACGGCAAGAACUACCCUGACAGGCUGCAGUGCCUGAGGCAGCCCAUCAUCGAUGACAGGAUCUGCAGGAACGCCUACCCCCACCUCUUCACCGCAAACAUGAUUUGCUCCGGAUUCAUGCAUGGAGGUGCCAGCAGCUGCGAAGGAGAUUCUGGUGGUCCUCUGGUGUGCAAUGGUCAGCUGCAGGGAGUCGUCUCCUGGGGUUACGACUGCGCCAUGCAGGGACACCCCAGCGUCUACGCCCGUGUGUGCCGCUACAACAGCUGGAUCAGCACCGUCAUGAGAAACAACUAA